GCGCUUUAUAUCAUAUAAUAUAAAGCGGAUUGUGGUAGGGCUGUUAAGAAAUUUAGCUUAGGGUUUGGUUUGUGUAAGGCCACAGCUCAUGCUGAGUAAUGGGGGGCGUGUGUAUGCAAAUUCCUUGGAUCUGAUUGGUUGGUGGGGCCCCUCUUAAAGCUGCGUCCACCAUUUUCUGGUCACAUUUUUGCCUGGCGUUUGAACUGUGUGUUUCUAUCGGUUCCUGUCUGGCAAGAGAGCGUUCCUGGAUUCCUGGAGUCUGGUUGUAUCUGGCUUAUUUAAUUUGCUGAUUUAUUCAGCUUAUUGCUUGCUUUUGAUUUUUAGCUUUCAUUUACUGCCUUAUUUAGCUCCGUUUUGAUUCUCCCCCUCCCCUCCCUCCCCACUCCCUUCCCCUACGGCUCGGCCUCGGCUGGGGGCGUUGGGAGUCCCCCCCCCCCGCACAGGCAUCCCACUUUAUUUAAAGGGUGCACCCCCCUUUAGAUUCCUUUAAAUUCUUUAAAUUCCCCCCCCCCGCUUGCCUUGGCUAGCCUGCUGUGGCUCUUGGUGGGCAAGGGGGCCUUGGUACCCUGAGGGAGCCUUGGCUCCUGGCUCCUUGCCUGGCCGUUUUCCUGCUGGGGCUGGGCUGGGCUGGGCUGGAGCCACGUGGGUGGUUAAUAGGGCUGUUGCCGGCUGAGGAGCAUUGAGGCUGCUUGCGCUCUGCUGGGGGCCUCUAAUUUGGCUUAUUGGGGGCUGUGGCGUUUGCCGCCCCCCCUGGGGUGCCUGCGGGGUGGGGGUGCAUCAUUGGGAGGGCGCCAGGCCGUUAUUGUGCCUGGUUUGCACGUUGCGUCCGCCAUUUUAAUGCUUGCAACCCCCUUUGCUAUUAAGCAGAGAGCUGCUGCUUGUGCAUUGGGGGGAGCGGUUUGAGGGGGGUUGCUGGGUCUUUAGGACCUUGGGAGGGGGUCCCCUCACUUGAUUCACCUGGGGGGCCUCUAGUUUUUGUGUCCUGUAUAGCGUUUGUUUUCUGUUUGCAUCUGUUUUAGCUGAGGAAAAAUUUUUUCCUGGCUGCAGUUUAUUUCGAGGCUUGAGUGCUUGCAGCCAGUUUCUGGGCGUUUGGCGCCAUCUACUGGCCACGAGUUGUUACUACACCUACAAAUUUAAUUGCCUUUUCCCUCAGCCUAUAUUGAAGUCCCUUGAACAGGCUUUGACUUUAUUGUGUUGCCUGACUAGCUUAUUGGGUCAUUUUAACUUAUUGGUUUCCUUUAAUUACUUGAUUUAAUUUAUAUCCUUUUAUUUAGGAAUCUUAAUUGAUUCAAUUGGAUUAUAAUUGGCUUUGACCUGCGUGGGCUUGCUUUGGUUAAGUGAAAGGAAAAAACUUUUACUCCUUGCCUUUAAUUGGAGGCCUGAGUACUGCAGCCUACUUUAGGUUCUCUAUGCCAUCGGCUGGCCUCAAGGGGGUUAUCGCACCUUGUUAGUUUUGAUACUGUUCCUUCCCAAUAGAUAGGGAAUACAUUGCUUGGCCUGCGUUUUGGGUUUCUUGCAUUGUUUAAUUGGCUUAAUUGAUGUCCAUUGUUUAAUUCAAUUUAAUUUUAAUUCACGUUAAUUUAGUUUUCACGUAUUCUGGGUAAGGAUUCUAUUUGGUUGCGUGGGUGGGAGUUUGGCUUUGGCCUGCGCAUUUUCCCUCUCCCCCCUUUUAGGGGGGGGGGCCGGGGCGUGUGCCGGGGUCCGGCCUACACCAGCCUGCAAUACAAGUCUAACUGAUUUCCCUGGGGCCUUUCAGAGGCCUGGGUGUCCCCAAAUAUUUUGCAGUUAGUUUUGCAGAUUGGUUGGGAAGGCUCCAAUAUUUGAGGGGUGGGGUGACGCCGCCUAGUGGUUAAAGUGGUAAUACGCACCCCUGUGUGAUUCCACGUGUGUUUGCUUGUUAUUCCAAGUAGUUAAUAGUUCAGGAUGGCGGCCCACCCAUCCACUUCAGGGAAAUCUAAGAGGGUCAUUAAGGGCGCUUCGCAGAAGCUGCGUUCGCCAGCCUCGCAGGCAGCGGGUCGCGUGGAAGCAUUCAUCGCUAGCAUUGCUGGUGACCCACAGGCCCUGGCCCAGCUUGGAUCUGGGCUUGAUGCCUUAUUACAGAACCCGGCCUCUCAUCCUGCCGCCUCGACCUCUGCUGGUUUACCUCUGGAAGCAGGGCGGGAGGCGGCGACUACGGCCAUGCCUCCAGACCGGCAAGGCCCAGACCCUCUUUCUGCCCCCUCUACCUCUGCAGGUGUAUCCCUGGACCCCGGGCAAGCUACGGUGGCGGCGUCGCAGCCUCUGUCCCCCAUGGCGACCAUUCUGGGACUGCCUGAGACCACCACGUCUGGGCCAGUUGACUCGUCGGAUGACGACUUCGUGGGGCCUUCUGGUGUUCUGAUGCCGAAUGCCUCUUCCACUCCUAUGGUGGUGCCGGCGCCCCCUCCCGUCAAACGACGAAGUGAGGGGAAGCAGCCUCGGCGCACCAGGAGGGCGAGGCAGGCUAAGGGCAGAGUAAGUGGGCAAGGGCAGGGGGGGCGGACGGGGGCCUCCUCUAAUGUUGUUGUUUCGCCCGUUGCUCCAUCCCAGACUCUUGCCGUCGCCUCGCGGCGCGAGGGGCUUUCGUCGGCAUCCGGCGAGGAAGCCCUCCCAGUGCCGGCUAGAGCGUCGAGUGGCGGAAAACGUCGUCACAAAAGUCGUUCCAGGAGGCGGGCAAAGAGGCGCAAGGACGAUACCUCGGCUUCGACCACCUCAGGGCUCGCGGACGUGCACAUAUGGAUGGUGGGACAUUCCAUAGUCCAUUGGGCAGGCCUUCGCGCUGGCCAAACGCCAUUGGGUCCUCGACUUGGCCUUCCAUCCAACAUCCAAGUGACCUGGAUGGGCAAGAGGGGCAUGCGCUGGGGGGAGCUUCUCCCUUUGCUGCGGCGCAAAGCCCUCUUGCUCGGGUGCCCGUCCGCCCUGGUGAUCCAGCUGGGAGAAAAUGACAUCCCCGCUGUGGACCCGUUAUCUCUUCGCCUGGCUAUCCUACGAGAUUUGUUGGAGAUAAGGACUUGGUUCCCUGAUACCGUCGUUUUUUGGUCCCAAAUGUUGCAGAGGAUGCAAUGGCGGGGUGAUAUUCCUCCUCUGGCUGGGGAAAGAGCUAGGAAGAGGGUUAACAGCGCAGCAUCCAAACGGGUGUACGAAAUCGGGGGGAGUUUGAUUCGUCAUCCCGCAAUUAAUGUUAGAGCCCCGCUUUUAUAUCGGGAUGAUGGGGUUCACUUAUCCCCUGAUGGGUAUGACAUUUGGCUGCGUGAUGUGUCUGAGGGUUUAAAAAGUUGGUUAGGUCUCUGAGUGUUGGCGGCAAGCCAGGGCUGGCUUGAUUGGCGGUUAGGCUUUUGGUUGGUUAAUCGGUUGGUAGAGGGGGUGGCACACGGAUGCCUACCCUCACCUCCGUUUGCUCCAUAUAGAAGUAUUCCGUUAAAGGAAUCUCGGGGCUUACACUCUUGUCCUUACCAUCCCGCCAUUGGCGGGAAUGGUGGGCCCAAUUUUAAGAGCAAGAGCCUUGAGGAACAUUCUUGGUGAAGGUGAGGAGGGAAUGACUGGGCGCAGCCACCUCCUCACUCCCAGGUAUGUUUACUUGACUUCCAUGCGGAAGUCGGAGCAGGAACUGUCCAAGCGGACAGUGGUGAGUCCUGUCCUAUGGUGACAGCUGACGUGAGUCCUGCCACGUGGGCAGAUGAGGUGAGUCCUGUCCAAUGGUGACAGCUGAUGUGAGUCCUGCCACGUGGGCAGAUGAGGUGAGUCCUGUCCAAUGGUGACAGCUGAUGUGAGUCCUGCCACGUGGGGCAGAUGAGGUGAGUCCUGUCCUAAGGGGACAGCUGAUUGAGUCCUGUCCUGGAUGGACAGAUGGGGAUAGUCCUUCUUUAGGAAGGACGAGUGAAUAACCAAAAGCCUAAGCCAACACUCGGAUUAAAUUGUGUAUUUAAUAAAGUUGUGGCCCUAAAUUAUUUGCCAAAAACCAAACCAUAAUUCUGUUGUCAGUUGUGAGUUAUUUAAGGUAAUUUUCUGGGAAGCCUCGACACACAAAGCGCUUUAUAUCAUAUAAUAUAAAGCGGAUUGUGGUAGGGCUGUUAAGAAAUUUAGCUUAGGGUUUGGUUUGUGUAAGGCCACAGCUCAUGCUGAGUAAUGGGGGGCGUGUGUAUGCAAAUUCCUUGGAUCUGAUUGGUUGGUGGGGCCCCUCUUAAAGCUGCGUCCACCAUUUUCUGGUCACAUUUUUGCCUGGCGUUUGAACCCCUCCCACCCGCCCUUUCUUUCUUGCAGGUUAGCACGACAUUGCUAUUGCCUUCGGGGCCGCCUGUAUUCAGGGGUCAGUAGGAAUUUUUCCAAUUGGCUGAUUGGCUGUGCCUCUUGGUUUUCGCCUACUGCGCUAGCAAAUUGUCACAACUUGUUAGGUUGGCGGUUAGGCUUUUGGUUGGUUAAUCGGUUGGUAGAGGGGGUGGCACACGGAUGCCUACCCUCACCUCCGUUUGCUCCAUAUAGAAGUAUUCCGUUAAAGGAAUCUCGGGGCUUACACUCUUGUCCUUACCAUCCCGCCAUUGGCGGGAAUGGUGGGCCCAAUUUUAAGAGCAAGAGCCUUGAGGAACAUUCUUGGUGAAGGUGAGGAGGGAAUGACUGGGCGCAGCCACCUCCUCACUCCCAGGUAUGUUUACUUGACUUCCAUGCGGAAGUCGGAGCAGGAACUGUCCAAGCGGACAGUGGUGAGUCCUGUCCUAUGGUGACAGCUGACGUGAGUCCUGCCACGUGGGCAGAUGAGGUGAGUCCUGUCCAAUGGUGACAGCUGAUGUGAGUCCUGCCACGUGGGCAGAUGAGGUGAGUCCUGUCCAAUGGUGACAGCUGAUGUGAGUCCUGCCACGUGGGGCAGAUGAGGUGAGUCCUGUCCUAAGGGGACAGCUGAUUGAGUCCUGUCCUGGAUGGACAGAUGGGGAUAGUCCUUCUUUAGGAAGGACGAGUGAAUAACCAAAAGCCUAAGCCAACACUCGGAUUAAAUUGUGUAUUUAAUAAAGUUGUGGCCCUAAAUUAUUUGCCAAAAACCAAACCAUAAUUCUGUUGUCAGUUGUGAGUUAUUUAAGGUAAUUUUCUGGGAAGCCUCGACACACAAAUG